AUUAAGAGGAUCAUUGGACCUGGAAAACGUGUACCUGCUAUGGCAAAGUUAUGGUUUAGUUAGGUUGCUUUGAAAACUAGAUUUACCCAAAUCCCUUUACGUUGGUUCCCUUGGCGGUUAACUCUUGUUAUUUUCGCCUUGUCAGAAGAAGGUGGUCAGGUUUUUGGAGCAGGAACAAUUACCAGGAGUUCAGUUUUACUAACAUUCAAUAACCUGUUGAUCAUUGUUUACAAGGUAUGUGACGCUCUUCCCGAUCCGUAAUACUGGAGCACCAUAUUACAAUUCAAAUUAGAGGGCAUGUUGAAAGAAUUCAGUUUAACAAACCAUGAACUUCACGAUUUCGGUUACACUUAGGCGCUAGUUACGAUCAGUCGCUUUUUGAUGCCGGACAAAUUGAUUUAAUUGAGUGAUUGAUUAUUUAAUGUUUGAUAGCCAUAACAAAGGUGCUUUGUCUUUACCGUUAAUUUCCGUCUUUGCUCUUCGAGUUCAAAGAAAUAAGCAAACGCCAACUUGUUUUGUAUUAUUGACAGGGUCAGUAAGUUUUCCUUUGCAGUUGUAUCAGUUAAAAUAAGGUAAUUUAUAGACCUGAAAUUAACAAUUAGUCAUGCACAGCUUCUCCAGGAAACCCUGGCCCCACAGCGCAUGCCCGGGGUCAUGAACAAGUUUCGUGGUAGUACUCUAUGGCGCGUGUACUUUAUGCAAAAGCCGUUUUUCAUUUUUUAUAUUUAUCAAAACAACACAAGUUGUAAGGGUCAUGACACUUAAUGACAAACAGACAAACGUUUGACUAAUAACUGUUAGAAUGACCGACCGUCCUGACCGCUAAAGUUAUAUCGGCAUUAACCGGAAAAAGUCAAAGUGAAUCUUUCCGCCUAUAAGACAAGAAAUUCCACAGAAGUUUCCCCCUUGUAAUUACAUGACUUUGUCAGAUACAUCAAUACCUGACAAAAAAUAUGAAUUCUGCUUUCUCUACUACUCCUCUGAAGAAGAGACGCAUUUAAUUUACCUUUGUUCAAUUUCUACAGGCAAAUCAUACUCCAUGGCAAGACUGCAUAUUCUUGUUAUUCUCGUCUCCUUUGUACCGCCAUCUCUCUCCCUUUAUCUCGGCCAGAUCAUUCCCCAAUACUACUUGCCUUACGUUCUCCGUUCCGACAUUCCGAAACCCGUCCCGCGAUCAGAGAUACCCAGCCCGGAACUCUCUCGACUGUAUGCGGCAAAGAAGCAAGCCAUUAAAAUUGUAAAAGAUAUUGACGCGGAAAUCGAGCACGUUCUGCAGAAUCAACUUUAUCGCAGAAACUUUGAUGCCAAUCAAUACGACCAGAAUGGCCUUCCAUUCUUUAAUCCAUCACCAACAAACCCAUUGUCAGCUGCUAUUGGUGUUCAAGGAGGGGCCUGGUUCCCAGGUCCUUCAGGCGCCGGGGUUGAGGGAAGCCGCAUGCUGGAGGGCCAUACAAGCCAAUUUAGUGUUCGUAGCGCCCAGGCCUCACGGAGACAAAGUCAGACAGGAUUAACAGGAAUGUUACAAGUACCACAAAUGGUGAACGAUAAACAGUUUCCUCGAACAUUCACUCCAACAGCAACUCAGACAACACCAGACCCGUCAGAUGAGAUGAAUAGCCUGGGAAAUCCUGAAGAGUUUGACCAGAAAUGCGCGGUGCUAAAACUGACGUUCGAGAAGUCAGAGGACAAUUUGGUAUUUGAUGAUUCACCCCAGAAGAACAAUGGUCAGCUUCAGGGCGAGGCGCGCAUUUUGAAAGACGAAACUGACAAGGGAAGAUCCAUCGAUUUUGGGAACAAUGGCAAAAUUGUUCUUAAACCGGGUUUUAAGGGAAAACCCAAGAAAUCUAUUGCGAUUUCAAUGUGGGUAAAGUUGAACGACGUUGAAGGAGUGAUUCCUCUUAUUACGGCCACCGAUGCAACAAAUUUUGUUCGUUACAACUUGCUACUGCGCAAUGGCAGAGGAGAAUGGGUGCACAGAGGAGAUUCUGGAAGAGAGCUCUUUCGUGUCCAGUCCAGCUCAUCUGAUAUAACCACUGGCAAGUGGCACAACAUCGUGGGAAGCUAUGACUCCAUGUCAAAGACAGCUUCACUUUGGGUGGAUGGGAAGCAAGUGAGCAAGGAAGAUGGUAUCAGCGGCGUGUUGUCACAGAAAUGGAACAAACUGACCAUAUUUGGAGGGAAGGCUCGUGGUGAUAUGGAUAACAUCUUUAUGUUUAGAUGUCCUCUAGAUAAAACCAAAAUAGUGGCUUUGUAUGUGUCUGCAGCAUCUCCCAAGGACGUCAAAAAGGAUGUGAUUGCAAGACCUCAGUGAAGAAACAUGUAUAGCAAGAGAUGAAAAGACGCAUGUUGUGAUACCGCUCAUACCACAGUUUUAUGUUUGCUUCUUUGUUCCAGCUAUCUCUAGAACCAAUUAGAGCAGCGUUCUUUGGUUUUUUUUUUUUUAGCCGACCAAUCAGGACACAAAACCACACGAUCCGAGUCCCCCCGCCUUCCGGGAUCAAGCGCGAUCGCUGCUUACUCGCGGGCCCUACGUGCGCUUUCCCGCGCUUUUUCCCAUAGGUUGCAUGUUUUGGUAUCUAGAUUAGGUCGAGUUAUCAGAUUUUUUUGCUGUGAUUUAUUAAGUCAUUAGCCUUACAUAAUCACUUGGAAUAAACAUUUGUCUUUGCUCUGACUACACGGCUUACAGGUAAGCUUUCAUAGGUACACGAUUCAAUGAAUUACGCAAAAUGUCCAUGAACCUUGUAGAACUGGUUAUCAGAGCAGCUCGUUUGUGUCUUUUCAGUUGAUAAACUAAUCACAGACCACUUGCCUCACAUUUGUAUUUUAUUGUUUUUUCGCAAAACGUGCUUGGUCGAAUCUAUCAGUGUCCGCGGAUAAACGCUAUCGCUCCACGUGACCAAUUUCAACGGAUCCAGAUCGGUGCUGAACUAAAGUGGUGACUAUUGACGACUAAUCGUCACUAUUUGGGAAAUGGAAAAACUGCAAAAUAGUGAGAGAGGAAAUGUGACAGUUAUGUUAGAAAAAGUUAGGCAGCUCUACACUUAUGAAAUUAUCAAUUUAUUACAAAUAUGUACAAAAGCUAAUCAAAAACAAAUAAAAACUAUUAUAACUGAUGUCCGUAUUUGUUGCAGAAAUUAUCCUCAAAAUAACAACGUUUGUCUCCUGUCCGAUAGAUAAGUUGCGCUAUUAACAUUUAUAAAGGAGUCGUCGAAAUCAUAGCGAAAUAGACUACAGUAUGGGGCCCAGUUCUCGGCCACAAAAAACGUAAACUUGUAUUUCUUACCUUGGAAAAGCCGUAAGGACUUAAAAUUUCACGGAUAACUAGCUUCAGCAUUCAGUUUACACAUGUGGAGCUAUCGACUGUUCAACGCUGUUUUCUCCCGAAUAAUAACGAAAAUGGAGGCUUCGUUCGUGGGCCCAGUUAUCGACCAGCGGGCCCAGUUCUCGGCCACAAAAGAGUGCAUGAGAUUCCUCAGAAUAAAGAACGCUUUAUUACCAUUUUUUGUUGUUAAAUCACUUAUAAGGCUUGUGUUUUGAUAUUUCGAUCACAAAUUAUCCUUAAAGAGCACUG